GUUCGAAACGUCAUCCAGUAAAUAAUACUGUUUCACUGUGUGAUAUAUCAAAUAAACAAACUAAUAUGGAAUUACUUACUACCACAGUGCCCAAGUUUUAUACAUAUAUUAAUACUGUUUGUAGUUGUCUGUAAAAAUCCUUCUUCUUCUCUUGUUCCGCGUUGUUUGUAGCACUGUGCAUAGCGUCGGAUAAUUGUUACCUUCCUUCCUUCGGAGUUGAAUCUUACUGUCAUGACCCUGGAGGAAAUUAGUUCCCACUGCAUUAGGGCUUUGACUGCCACUGGUGACAUAUCUUGUCAAGAAAUGUACACAGAGGUGAUGAACAAGAUAUGUGGACCAGACCGACCGUACAUCAACCCAAAUGAACUAGAAGCAUUGCAUUUGAAAAUAUAUAAUAAUUGUAUUGAGAAGUUCAAUAGUUGCCCUAAAAUGGGUGGUGAAGCAUUUUCUGAAGAGUAUUUGCAUCGCUUAAAGGAAACAAUAACGCAAAUGGGAGAAGACUUCCGCUUAGCGAAUUCUAAAAAGAACAUAUUUCAAACGUUUCGUACUCCAACCGUCUUGGUUGUCAUCUUACUGCUUUUCUAUGUUGUCACAGGAAUAUUUGAGUUCAUUGGCUUAUCAGUGAUUUCAAAUAUUCUGACUAUGCCGUUCUACACUGCUUUAAUAACAUUGUUUACCUGGUUGUUUUUAAGUUAUACUGGUCAAGCGCCGGAAUUAGCCAAUGCUAUAGACCAUUCAGCUGAGUUAGUGAUGAAUAAGGUCUUCACUCCUGCAAUAGAAGUAGUUGAUAGACGUGGAAUUGCUCAGUUAGUUGGAGGUG